AUGGAGCAACUACGCAAUGAUGAACAGAGUCUGCAGCCACCAGAUCUGGCAGGCGGAGAUACAGAGGUCAAGGCGCAGCAUUAUAAGCGUAUGGCCGAAAUGAGAAAGACAUAUGAAUUCUGGCGAAAUAUCGCCAAUAAAAAGAUGGCUGAGGACGACAAGUACCUGCCAUUUCCUUCAGAAGAUGAUCCACCAGUUCCUGGUCAGGUUUAUAAGGAUUUUAUCGAAACACAUCUCAGCGACGUGUACAAAGGGAAGGACAAGCAAGACAAACAAGAUAAGCAGGCCAACGGGACGCCGAUUCUUAAUGAUCUGGAGUUGGGAUUUCUCAAGGCACGGAUUGCUGAAUUUAUCUCUUUCACAGGUAGCAGUCCGUAUGGGCCAGAGCGCAAGAUCAGAGGAAGGCCUCGCGUGGAGGAAAAGGAAGGAUUCUCUCUAUAUGGAACCAACGACGAGGAAGGACUCCAUGACGGCAAUGCCGACGACUACGACGAAGACGAGCAGGACGACUAUGACCUAGAUGAGUUGGAGGAUGCAGAAAAGUUUCUGUACGACUACGGACCUCACCAUAUAGAGGUGGAAGUUAAUAAUGGACCAGCCAGCUCGGAGCCGGUGGAUCCCGAUGAACCGUCUUGUGAGUUCACGUUUGAGUACGACCGCAACGGCACUUUGGUUCCAACAGACAACAACAUCGAGGAGAAACUCCGUCUCAUGUGCCUACAGUCACAGGGGGAGGAAACCGGACAGACAGGGAAGAAGAAGAAGAGCAAUAAGAAGAAGAAAAAGAAGGCCACGGUUAGCUCCGAAGGCGUGGACGAGUCAUGCUGUUUGUUCUGUCAAUACGAGGCGUUUUUUGGGGUCAAACCUGUGCAUACGAUGAAAUGGUAUGAUAAGAAGAUGCAGAAAGAGGCCAAGAGGCGACAGAAGAUCCGAGAAAAGCUCGAGAACGCAAAGCUGAAGGCCCUUCGGCGACAGCGGGAGUUUAGCCAUGGGAACGAGGACGCUGGAGAUAGCCAGUAA